AUGAGCCCAACAAACGAAAGCUGUGAGCUGGUGAGUUCACUUUCAGAACAGAACAGAAGAUUCAUUUUCCAAUGAACGAAAUUCAGGCAUAUGAUGUUGUCAAUCAUCCGGCUUAUAGAAUCGCGCAAGUUUUCACGUUUUUGGUUUCCGUAUGUGCUAUGAUUGUGUUGUUGAACUUUAUUUCGAGGAAACUCUUCAAAUCGGUUUUUCAUGCGAAUUUGAAGGUGAGUCAUAACUUUAGAGGCUAGGUGAUGAGAUUAGAUCGGUAAAAAUUAUAAACUUAGGCUCUGAAAGUCACAAAAAAUGUUUAUUUCUUCAUACAGUAACCUUUUCAGUCCCUUCUAUGCACAUAUUUUUCGAUGAACUUUCAUUUUUCGCUAACCAUGGCAAUCGCAUUCGGCUAUCACACAAUUCAACCAUUUUUCGCCAAUUCGAAAUGUGAUUUAUUUAUCAACCAUUCCUUAUUCAAAUAUAUUCAUUUGGCUUUUACAUUUACUUUAACAACUCCAAUGUUAUUCACAAUUUCAAUUUCAAUCGAAAGAACAAUUGCGAUUAUCAAAGCACACAACUACGAAAAACUUCCGAUGUUUAUUGGCCCAUUAUUGGCUAUUCUAACGGUUUGUUUAUGAAAGGGGAGAAGUGCUAAACUAUAAUCAAGUUUGAAGAAAAAAGUGACUCAAUAUUAAAUUAUAACUUACUCAUUAAAAUUAUAAUUUGUAAUUUGAUUUGAAUCAACAAGAAAGUACAAUGUUCAUAAAACAAAUGAAAAAAUUAAAAUUUUCAGAUAGUAUCUGGGAUGAUUGUUACAUUCUGGGCAUAUCAAAAUGAGCCAUUUGAUGAGGAUUUAAUUAAUUUCAUACUUAUUCCAUCAGCUUCGGUAAACAAUGUCAAUCAUAUUUUUCAAUAUUUCAUUAUUCUUGAUGUCAUAACAUUCAUCUUCAAUUUGAUAUUAUUAAAAAUCACAAGAGAUUUGAACAAAAAAGAAAAUCGUCGGAGAACAUUAUCAGUUCGAUUCCAAAUGGAACAAAUUAUGGCUUCCAAUAAAUUUACAAUUUAUAUAUUUUUCGUGCAUCUUUUAUUUACUGUAAUUUAUUUGAGUACAGUUCUCAGUUUAUGGACAAUUGGAAAACAAUAUAUAUUUACAACGUAUACAGGGUAUACGGUAGCUAGAUGUAUUUACACGGUACAGCUAAAGUUAACUCUGAAGUUCUGACUAAAUUUGACAUUUCCAGACAAAGCCAUUAUUCAGUUUAAUCAUUGGUUUAGUUGCAACUGCUUUUUUGAAAACUCUUAAAAUAAAGAGAAAAGAGAGUUUGAGAACUACCAUUCGAAUUGCUUAUAGUGGAAAAGUUGGUGCGAUGAAUCAUGACAAUGCAAUUUUUGAAAUUUGGAAUACUUAUGGGGGACAUAAAUGA